AUGGGCUUGUUUCUCAAUCUAAGGUCUAAUAGAAAGCAGAAGUCCGUGGACAAUGGACUAAGCUUGCCCAUUUCAAGAAACGGUAGCUCGAACGAUAUCAAGGAUAAACGCACACUGCAUAACUCCAAGUCAUUUAAGGAUAAGUAUGUGUACCAGCCGCGUUCUAAAUCGUCCAAAUUUCAGAUGACAGUGAAUGCCAUAUCCCUUAUUAUUAUAACUAUUCUCUCAUUAUAUCUUUCGAUAUCGUUUCUUACUGGAAUGAGCAUAGGUGUACCUAUACAAAAUGGAAGACCGUUAUUGGGUUCGUCGAAAUCAUCCGAUAAUUACAAGACAAUCGAUUUAGAAGAUGAAGAGUAUUACGACUAUGAUUUCGAGGAUAUUGACCCUGAAGUGGUUUCAAAAUUUGACAAUGGUGUGGAGCAUUAUCUGAUAUCUCAAUUUGGUUCAGAUGUGUUGACCCCCAAGGAUGACGAAAAGUAUCAAAGUGAACUGAGUAUGCUUUUGGAUUCUACAGUUGAAAAAUAUGACCUAUCGAGGUUUGAAGGUGCUUCCAAUGGAGUGGAAACACGUGAUCACAUACUACUGUGUGUUCCGCUAAGAAACGCAGCUGAUGUAUUGCCCCUAAUGUUUAAGCAUUUAAUGAACUUGACUUACCCACACGAACUAAUCGACCUAGCCUUUUUGGUGAGUGAUUGUUCUGAGGAUGACACCACAUUGGAUGCGCUAAUAGCGUACUCGAGACAGUUGCAAAAUGGUACGUUAUCUCAAAUUUUUCAAGAGAUUGAUGCUGUUAUUGAUUCGCAAACUAAAGGCACCGAUAAACUAUACCUUCAGUAUAUGGACCAAAAUUAUAUUAACCGUGUUCGCCAGGCCUUUUCUCCACCAUUCCAUGAAAAUUACGACAAACCAUUUAGGUCAGUGCAGAUUUUUCAAAAGGAUUUUGGUCAAGUAAUUGGUCAAGGUUUUAGUGAUAGACACGCGGUGAAGGUUCAAGGUAUAAGGAGGAAAUUAAUGGGAAGAGCGAGAAAUUGGUUAACUGCAAAUGCUUUGAAACCAUAUCAUUCAUGGGUUUACUGGAGAGAUGCCGAUGUUGAACUUUGUCCCGGGUCAAUUAUUCAAGAUUUGAUGAGCAAAAACUACGACGUUAUUGUUCCUAACGUUUGGAGACCAUUACCCACAUUCCUAGAGAGUGAGCAACCAUAUGAUUUGAAUUCUUGGAUGGAAUCCAAGGAGGGAUUGGAGUUGGCAAAGACUCUCGAUGAGGAUGAUGUUAUUGUAGAGGGUUAUGCAGAGUAUCCAACAUGGAGGGUUCAUUUGGCCUACAUUAGAGAUGCAGAAGGUGAUCCAAAUGAAGUCAUAGAUUUGGACGGUGUCGGGGGGGUCUCUAUCCUGGCAAAGGCCAAACUAUUCAGAAAUGGUGUGCAGUUUCCUGCAUUUACUUUUGAAAACCAUGCAGAAACAGAGGCGUUUGGUAAAAUGGCAAAGAAAAUGGGGUACAGAGUUGGCGGUUUGCCGCAUUAUACUAUUUGGCAUAUUUAUGAACCGAGUGAUGACGAUUUGAAGGAAAUUGCAGCAAAGGAAAGAGAGAAGAGAAGAGAGGCAGAAGAAUAA